UGGCAGAUGUGACUUCAGUUCACACCACACUCUGCCUUGCUCACAGAGGAGGGGCUGCAGCCCUGACCCUCAUCAGAACAAUGACACUCAGGCUGCUGUUCUUGGCUCUCAACUUCUUCUCCUCAGUUCAAGUAACAGAAAACAAGAUUUUGGUAAAGCAGUCGCCCCUGCUUGUGGUAGAUAGCAACGAGGUCAGCCUCAGCUGCAGGUAUUCCUACAACCUUCUCGCAAAGGAAUUCCGGGCAUCCCUGUACAAGGGUGUGAACAGCGACGUGGAAGUCUGUGUCGGGAAUGGGAAUUUUACCUAUCAGCCCCAGUUUCGCUCGAAUGCGGAGUUCAACUGCGACGGGGAUUUCGACAAUGAAACAGUGACGUUCCGUCUCUGGAAUCUGCAUGUUAAUCACACAGAUAUUUACUUCUGCAAAAUUGAGUUCAUGUAUCCUCCGCCUUACCUAGACAAUGAGAGGAGCAAUGGAACUAUUAUUCACAUAAAAGAGAAACAUCUUUGUCAUACUCAAUCAUCUCCUAAGCUGUUUUGGGCACUGGUCGUGGUUGCUGGAGUCCUGUUUUGUUAUGGCUUGCUAGUGACAGUGGCUCUUUGUGUUAUCUGGACAAAUAGUAGAAGGAACAGACUCCUUCAAAGUGACUACAUGAACAUGACUCCCCGGAGGCCUGGGCUCACUCGCAAGCCUUACCAGCCCUACGCCCCUGCCAGAGACUUUGCAGCAUACCGCCCCUGACAGGGACCCCUAUCCAGAAGCCCGCCGGCUGGUACCCGUCUACCUGCUCACCAUCACUGCUCUGGAUAGGAAAGGACAGCCUCAUCUUCAGCCGGCCACUUUGGACCUCUACUGGGCCACCAAUGCCAACUAUUUUAGAGUGUCUGGAUCUAACGUCAUGAUCAUCUUGAGACUCUGGAAUGAAUGACAGAAACUUCUAUGGCAGGAUAAAGUCUGUGUGGCUUGACCCAAACUCAAGCUUGAUACAUUUAUUGACUUGAUUGGGGAAGUUAGAGUAGAGCAAUCAAAAGGAUCAUUCAUUCAGCCUUGGAAAGUCAAUUUGCAGGCUCCUGGAUGAGCCCUGCCCCUUUUUCACUUGCCAGCACAUUUCAGUCAUGUGAUGUGAUAGCCAAAGAUGUUUUAGACAGAGAAGAAAGGAUAGAAAAACCUUCUCUUUGGCUAAGUUGGUGUUUGGGGUGGGGGUAGGUUAGAGUAUAGUACUUAACUAUUUGAAAAAUGAUGAAAACACUUUUUUCACUCAUGAAAUGAGCCACUUAGCUCCUAAAUAGUGUUUUCCUGUUAGUUUAGAAAGUUGUGGACAUAUUUUUUAAUGAUUUCUGACCAUUUUUAAUCACAUUGACUCAUGGAAUGGCCCCAAAGCACUCCCAGGGCUUCUUUCCUCAUUCCCUGUCAUGGGAACUCAGUAUUAUUAAUAGUCACAACAUGAUUUCAGAACUAGAUAGCCCUCCCACACCAAGAAGAAUGUGAGAGGAAGUAAGGUCACUUUAUGUAAAAAAAAUACAUACACAUAUAUAUGUAUACAUACAUACCUAUAUGCACACACACACACACACACACACACACAAAAUGCUAUGAAGAGUUAUCUGUUUAGUAGCCUGUUAUAGUCAAAUCAUUUAAGUUUCAACUUCUUACAGUUGGGCCACUUGUUGUCCUUUGUAGAUGGAUAUCUGAAAUUGUGUCUAUAUAGUGCUAGUCAUGAUACUGUGAACAAAAAGGGUUGUGUUAGUAUUUGUCAGGGUGGUAAGGAUGCAUUCCAGGGAGCUUCCUCUGAGGAAGGGAAUGAGGUCAUUCUUGCCAUGUAUGAAAGACAUAGAUGUUUUCCAGAAGGCACCAUAGGGAGCCCCAGUAUAAGUUCCUUUAGAUUCUAAAGUUUAGAGGGAUUUUAUAUGUCCUAGGACUCAGGACUCCAGAAGUUUGUGGGCUCAGCUGCUUCAUACCAUGGGGAUUCAUUGACAUGAACAAUUAUUUUGGAAUGUGUCUUUAGGGACGACAUCAAAGUUCUCAAGUACCUACAAGACCUGAUACUGGAAUGAAGGUGGACUUUCUUUUUUGCUUCCAGUUCGGAUCAACUGGAAUGUAUCUGGGGACCUUGAAGAACGGCUGUCCAGCUGUCUUCACCAUUUGUAUAGUGUUUUGAAUUAUUCAGAGGUUUUAAAGGCUAAAAAACCAUUUCAUUAUGAGUUAAAUGGCCUCAGGCAAGUCACUGCUCAUCCAAGUCUAUGACUCCUCAACUGUAAGAUGGCCAUACUGAAACUUGCUAAGAUCCUCUGGCCUCUGCCUCCCAAGAGUUGGAAUCUCAGGAGUGCACAAUCAUGACCCAAACUCAUGAGAAUCUCUCAGCUUCAAUAACUUUCCAGCUAAUUGGAAUAUCUUGUAAUCAAACAUGAGGCAUUUCCCCUCCCCCCACUGUUUUUGUAUAUAAAGAGAUCUUUAAACUUUUUUUUUUUUUUAAAUAUGAGGGGUAAGAAGAGAAGGAAUCUUUUAAUUCUAGACAGAAGAUAUUGUGCUUUGGCUUUUUUUUUUAAAUGGCUUUCAUUCUGUGCCUUUAAUUAAACCAGAGAAGGCCAAGAUUAGCCCUACUUGUGUGAUAAAAGAAUGCUGGCCCUUGUGAUUGCAGUCAGCCUCUUGACACACAGAGUUCUUGAAUCUAAGUUAUAAAAUUAUAUUUUAAAAUGACAGAGCUGGAGAAUUUAUAGAAAGGGUCAUAGCAAAUAACAAACCAUUUUUUCUUAAACGGAAAGAUUUGGUCUUUGGCAAUCAAUAACUUUGUUUUCUAACUGGAAAAGGAGGUUUACUGGAGAUGAAUCACACCUGAGAGUUUUCAUACCUCCUCUGAGCACAACCGAAACAUAGGUGUCCAAAGCCGUUUGCUCUCGGUAUGAACCAACAGGCGGGUUAACAACACUGGGUCAGAGUAAAGCUUUUGCAGUUUCAGAUGUAGUGCGUAUGAAAAAACUAUGUCACUUGCUGCUAUUGUUGUAAGAGUCUAAGAACUAAAGGUGUGCCUGUAAGUUCUAAUUAUGAGCUCACCUCUUUGGGACCGACCAUGCCACUUUUAAUGAGAUCUGGUGUACCUUAUAGCUACACCCAAUGAUAAAAUUACCACACUAGCACGUGCCUGUGUUUAAACUCGUGCUUUAAUGUUUUUCUUAGGACAGGUAUGCACCCCCUUUGCAGUGAGUUGGGAGAGAUUUUGAAAAAGUGUAUGACAAACAUUUUUAACACCUUUGGUUUCCUCUCUCUGUGUCUGUCUCUCUUUCUCUCCUGUGCAUAUGUAUCCCUCCCCCACUUCUCUGUCUCUUCUUCUCUCCCUCUCUCUGUCUUUUUCUGUGUGUCUCUCUGUCUCUGUGUAUCUCUCUGUCUGUCUUUCUCUCUCUCUGCAGAUUUUCAAACGUUGUUUUUCUUUGGAAGAAAUACAAGCUGUGGUUGGUUUGCUAGGCGUCAGCAGCAGUUUAUCAGUAGGCUAAUGUUUUAUCUCUUGGAGAUUUCAGUCUGGGUUUACCCAAUGUAUUCUCUGUGAUGUGACUGCUGGGGACAGAUUUAACUUGAUUGAGCCUUCAGUCAUUUAGGUCUUCAAUCAUUUAGUCAACUGAGUGAGCCACUAAUCUGCAUGGCUAUUUUAAUAUGCAUACUGAUGGUCAAAUGGAUGUCUGAUCUCUCAUCCCAGCUUUCUGUACUACCAUAUGGGAACUAUAUGUAACUUGUAUACUCACCUGAAUAUGUUAAAUUCAACUACAUGGUGAGAUGGACCAGAAAUCGCAAUGUUCAUGUCCAUAUAGCUACCAUUAACCCAAGUUAAGCACAGUAGUGUGGGUUCUCUCAGGACUUGUGAAUGAGUUUAUGCUCUCUACAAAGACAGGUAAAGCUUAAAUCUCUCUUGCACUGUUAUGUUUAUGCAAAUAUCAAAAGCCUGUUCCUGUACCAGGGACUUAACACAUUCUAUUCAUACUAUUUUCCCUGUCUACAAUGUUAUUCCAUAGAUAUGUACUUGGUUUGCUCUUACUUCCUUGACAUAUUUGCCCCAAUGCCACCUUCAACUGUAGUUAAUUACCUCUACAACCUGUCUCCAUGCCUUGUUUUAUUUUCUCUAUAUCUCUAUUAGUAGAUAUUUUUCUUAUUUAUUGGUUUAUUGCCUGUUUUUUUUUCCUACACCGGAUCUCCAAAGGGAAAGAACUCCAUUUGCUUUGAUUUUAUUGCUGUAUCCCCAGUGCCUAGAAUAAUGCUUAGCCUGCAAUAAAUAUUUAUUCAUUGACUAGA